AUGGAGGAACUUGCGGCAGCGGAUGGCUGGUUUGGCAUGGAUGACUUUUCCGAGGUCGUGAAUAAUGAGGUCGUGAAUAAUGAAGUGUCAACUGUAGAUGCAGGUACAGAAGCCGACGACAAUUAUAUCACAGGUGUUGAGGUGGAGAUCGAUGAGGGAGCAGUGGUUCCCAGGGAGGUGACCCGAUUGCUGGGAAUUGCGGGGAUAGAACUGGAUACUGCGACUGGAGAUGUUGAAACAGACACGAUGGUGGAUGUUUGCGUCGAAAGGCCCGUCGAUAUAGAAGUCUCGGUAAGCGUGCAAGGAUUGGUGGUGAAGCGCAUCGCCGCCCUGUAA